CUCCUGUUGGUUUCUUCAAAUUUGGUACCAAUCCAUGGGACCAAAGCCACAGCCUGAAAGGCUGGAACCAGUCCAGGGGCUUAAAGCCACAACCCCAGCUGCAGAGGCCAGAAGCAGCCAAGGGCCUGAGGCCACAGACACAGGCGGGGAGCCCAGCACUGGCCCUGGGACUUAAAGCCACAGCCGGAGAGGCUGACAUCAGCCCUGGGACUCAAAGCCCCAAACACAGAUGCUGGCACAGGCCCUGGGUUUCGUUUUCUAUGGGUUCCCCUGGGACUCCAAUGACCACUCGGAGGCCAUACUGGUCUUGACUAGUUUUUAUUGGGCUGCACAAGAGUCAUCUUCACUUCUCCAUUAUUCAAAUAACCCCACUGGGUGACCCUGGUGUUGGUUUCCUAAGAUGUGGAUCAGGGAGUCAUCCAUUUCCUUCGCUUAUGAUGAAAGCACGGAAGCGAUGCGGGCAAUCGCUGAGGUCACAAUCACUGCUGGGGUGGGAGCGUUUCCGCCACAGCUGGUGAGCAGAGCUGGUGCUCUGGUGAGCGUGCUGCACACCGAGGCUGAGCUCUGGGCCUUCUGUGGAACAGAUCACCCUGUGAGAGCCCGUCAGAAGCACCGCGUGUGCACUCGUCGGUACUCUCUGCAGGGUUCCUGUCCCAAGGGAGAUUUUGGGAUCGAGGCAGUGGGAGGAAGAGGGAAGCCAGCUCUUUGCAAGGGCCGGGGAAGUUCCUGUGCACAGAGGCCUGGGAACUUCAUCAUCCUCUGAGCCUUCAGCGGCCAUGUCUCAGCACGGAGACGACCGCGGUUCCAAUUGCUGCCGUCUGAGUGGCAAGAAGCGGCGCGGCGCGGUUCCCCGCGGUUGGGAGCAGCAGCCAGCAGGCUGCCAGAGAUCCCACCGCGCCUUCCAGCGCACAGAGGGACGCAACAGGGACGGACGGUCCUUCAUGCCAUACAGAAGUGAGUUUCUUCAGCCCUCUGUCGUGAAGUGUGGAGGAAUGAAUUUUGAGUAUUCCUUCUGGGCGGGUGCAGCGCUUCAGGGGAUGUCAAAUGAGCAUGCAUUUGGAGUGCAGGAAGGAGCAGUGAGAAGUGAACUAUCAAUCAGUUUGUGUUUGGGCUGUCCAAGUAGCCUCUUUCUGUUUUCUGGGGGGACGUGGGCAUACUGGGCAGUACUUCUGCUGCCUGCUGGUGUCUGUGAAAUCAACACACCAUCUGUUGUUGUAGGGACGGAGCCUGCGCGUCCGUGGAGUGGUGCUGGGCAAGGCUGGAAACGGAAAGCCUCCGCAGAAGCUGAUGCGAGCGGCCUUCCAGCAAAGCGCAGCCUUGCAGAAAGGCAAGGCAGAAGCGCCCAGUGUGGCACAGCACCAAAGAGAGAGAUUGGUGCUGAGCCAAAUGACAAAAUCUAUGUCAAAGUGGUCCAGCAGGUCCAUACUGAGAGAGCAUGUCAAAGAGCAGCAGCUCAAGCUCCUCUCCAGGCUGGAGGUCCUCUUAGAAGACCAGGUCCCAGCACAGGGGGAAGACCUUCCCCUGCCGUGUGCCCCCGCUCUGUCUCCAACACCCAGGCUGGAUAUAAACGCAAGGCCUUGGAGGAAGGGAAACCAACAGCAGCUCAGCAGCCUUCCAAUAAGAGAGUGAGGGGGCCGAGUGGAGACGGCGUGCCGGCUCCAGCAGCACACCCUGGGCCUGCUGCAGCGCGGAGCUCCAAGCAAAGAGCAAGAAGACAGCGACAGAAAGAGAGGAGAGUGGAGCUGAAGAAGGCUGCCCUCAGAGCUGCUGCUGCACGUGCAGAGGUGAGUCCUUGGUGAACACAGACACGGCUCUUGUUGUUCUCAGGGCCUCUGUCUGUCACACAUGAAAGGAAGAGACUGUAAAAUCCCGAGGGAAGUGGUGUCCUGUUUCUACCCUCGCUCCGUUUCUUCCCAGGCCUCCGCAGUGGACAGCCUUGUGGAGAUGAUGCAGAAGCUGCAGCUGAAGGACUGAGAGGAGGAGCAUAAGCAGGAAGCAGCUUCUGCAGUGCGCGGCGUUACAGGGCAGCACUGAGUGCCGCCCAUCUCAGCACUCCACCUUCAAACGUAGUCAUUAAACACCAGUCAAAUUUAUAGAUUCACAGACAGCGCACGGCCUGA